CUUGCCCCCACAGAGUUGGAAUUCAGAAGGCGUUGUUCUGCGCUCGAGGUUUAGGUCUCUCUCUCUCGUCUGUGUUUCGCCGCCUUUAAAAAAAUGCCGCGCCGAAGCUCUGGAAGACCUGCUCCCCGUGCAUCUCCCCGUCCUGCACCUGUACGCAACCCCCCUCAGCCAGCCAGUCAUGCUCCUCCUCCAGCCCCUGCCCAGGGUAGCAGUAGUGGUGGAUCCUUGCUCGGCAGUCUUGGUGCCACUGUAGCUCAGGGCAUGGCUUUUGGAACUGGAAGUGCAGUUGCACACCGGGCUGUUGAUGCUGUCCUUGGACCUCGUACCAUUCAACACGAAACUGUAGUCUCUGAGGCUGCUGCUGCAGCUGCCCCAGCUCCAACCAUGAACAGUGUUGGUGGGUCUGAUGCAUGCAACAUUCAUUCCAAGGCCUUCCAAGACUGCAUCAACAAUUACGGGAGUGACAUCAGCAAGUGCCAAUUCUAUCUUGAUAUGUUGAACGAGUGCCGGAGGAACACUGGGUCGGUAAUGGGUGCUUGAGUGAGUAUUCGCUCGGCCCCCUCCCUGGCGUUGGAUAUCACUUUCACUUACUGCCUUUUUAAAUUACCCAUUGAGCACUUUUAUAAUUGAUGGGGGAAUGUUAGUGGAUGAAUGAAGGAUUCGCGUCAAUAAUGUCGAUUGCUACUGUUACAUGACGUUUUGAUUACUUCUAAUUUAAAUGUAGAACACACACCCAUGACUUCUCAACUUUUCAUUACUUCUAUGCUUUACA